GCAGCAGGCGAAUGAUUCUUGUUGAACCUGCUCACCCUGUUUGGCCAGCUUGCUGAUUGGCUGUAGUUGUUGAGGCCACCCCUGGUUUGAGCUGGGUUUUCUCACUUUGUUCUUGGAUCAGCUCUUGUGUGACAGUGGGUGACUCUGCUCAGACCCCACUCCAGCUGCUGCACUGACCACCCUCCACCAUGAGGCUGCUCAUACUCCUGGCACUCGCCUCCAUUGUAGGAGCUUUUAAUAUCACAUUGGUGAAUGAAAGCAGCAGCGGGAUUGUUGGAAGCGUCCGUUCAAUGUCUGCAAUCAUGAGUUUGCCUCCUUGCAAAUUUUCAAGGCAGGAUGUCACAGUCAGUGUUACAAACAGCACUGGAGGGCCAGGGCCAGAACAGCCCAGCUUUAAGAUGCCAAUCUGUCGAUUCAAACGAGAAUUGGUCAGUCUUGUGUCCAACAUUAAUGGUAUUUCACAAACAUUGAACCUGGGCUACAGAAUUAAAAAUCUGAAACCGAACACUGGUUACAAUGUGGUUUAUCAUGUCGGUGACCAGAUGAGCAACUCUCUGUCGAUCAUAACCACCUCACCGAUUGACUUCCGGAAUAUUGAUGAUGGAUUUACUGGUCGGACUGGGGCAAUGGUUGUGAUCACGGUGCUUCUAGUUAUUGCCAUGGCUCUGCUCAUCAUCCUUCUGAUUGUGUCUGUGGUAGUCAGGAGUUAAACGAUGGAGUUCAGGGAUCAGCAAACACUUCCAGCCAUUAUAUAUGAACAUUCCUCUUGUUUAGUAGCUGUGUGUUUUAUAAGCUUUCUCUGCACUUUCAAAUGCUCUGUAUUUGCAUUGUACUUCAGAGGGGAAUCUACUUAUUGUGAAUGCAAUCAUUUCUGUGACAUAUUUUGAUCUGUUAAGUAUUGAGAUUAUUUCUGUGUCCCUGGUGGAGCUCUUGGUCUCGCAUGGCUCUGUCACUGAUGCAUUCAUUCACCUCCAGUGAUCCCGAGAACAUUUAACUCUCUCUAUUCCUGAAACAAUCUUCCAGUCUUCACUCUACCUCCCAUUGGAUCCUGUGAUUCCGAUCGAUCUGCCUGUGGUGGGCAUAAAUUACUAGGGGUGAAAACCUCUCGAAGCAACCAUGGGUCCCUGGAGAGUUUAAAAUAAUGGUUCUGCGUUUGCAAAGAAUCUGAUUACAAAACAGUGUUCACCUACAAGACCACUCUUAAUUUGUAAUAAAGAAGUGAAUUUAUAA